AUGUCAGUCGACUCAUCAUAUGCGAGGGAGGAUGAGAAGCUACUGGAAGUCGAGUCUGGUGGUGUCUCAAGGGCUGAGUUUGGUGCAGGGACAGGUUUGACCUGGUCCUCUUUCAGCGACUCUACAGUGCCUUCAGCAGUUGCAGCAGUAUCCUUCUGGAUGGUUUUGGUGCUGAUGUGGCUUGACAGCUGGCUGGUCCAGUAUUGCAUCGUUAACUGGUUCGGGGUCCCAAAACAGCUGUACUAUGCGACGGUAAGGUCCCAGGUCGACGUUGGCCAACUUGCUCUCCAUAAUGAACUUCUGUCAAGGCGCAAGGCGUAUAAACAACCCAAGAUUUGGGAUGCGUUUGUGGAGAUAUAG